AUGCUGGUGGGCGCCGGGCUCCAGCGGCGGCGGCGGCAGCUGCAGCAGCCGCAGCAGCCUCGGCGGCGGCAGCCUCUCCUCUGGCCGAUGAACGCAGACCCGCCGCCGCCGCCGCCCUGGGUUUGGAUGGUCCCCGGCUCGGCCGGGCUGCUCCGGCUGGGAGCCGGGGUCGCGCCCCCGCCAGGGCUGCUUGCCUCGGCCCAGCCCUCUGCCGCCCCGCUGCUCCCGGGGCUGCCCGGCUGGCUGCCGUUGCUGCCGCUGCCCUCUGCGCCAGACCACGCCGCCGCCGCAGCUGUGCACCACUACCCCUUGCUCAACGGGCAGUGGCUGUUUGGUGGUCAUUCUCCAUCGAUUGGACUGUCCCCCUCUUCCACUGUGGAAUUGGUGCCCAUUUUUCCACAUGUCUGCCCAUCUUCUCUUCCACUUCCCAUUGGGAAAAGUUGGAUAGACAAAAGGAUACCUAAUUGUAAGAUCUUUUUUAAUAAUUCCUUUGCUCUGGACUCAACAUGGAUAUAUCCUGAGGAGUCAAGAUUGUUCCAUGGGCCUGAGAAGCCUCAACUGUUGGCAAAUCAAGUAGCCGUGUCUCUGUCCAGGCCCGCUCCUGCCUCUAGGCCUCUUCCCACAGUGGUGUUAACACCUCAGCCUAUCCCAGGUGGUCAUCACAACAGCCUUAAGCCUGUCGGCAGCGGCCCCACCUUUGCCAUCACCACUGCCACCGCCACCAUGGUCUCCGUGGACCCCGACGGGCUUGGGGGCCCGUCCCCCUCCAGCGUGCAGCCUUGCCACUUCCUGACCCUGGCGCCCAUCAAAAUACCCCUGCGGACCACACCCUUCUCUGAUAAAAGCAGAGAGCACAGCCGGGCGCCCUGCCCGCCGGCCCUGAUGCUGCACGGGGAGACGAAGAGCCCGGCAGGAGACAGACCAGCCAAGGAGGUUCCAUCGAUCCUAGUGACGGGCGAAGACAGAGCGGCCAAAGGCACAAGACCCGUGGCCUCCACCCCGGUGCCCGGAUCCCCCUGGUGUGUGGUCUGGACGGGCGAUGACCGGGUUUUCUUCUUCAACCCGACGAUGCAGCUGUCCGUCUGGGAGAAGCCGAUGGACUUGAGAAACCGCGGGGACCUCAACAGGAUCAUCGAAGACCCUCCCCACAAGCGCAAGCUGGAGGCAGCAACAACCAAGCCCGGCGAUGGAUCCAGUUCCGAAGACGGCAGGGAAGACCCACACGUGAGAACCAAGAGGAAUCGGACGGAAGGCCACGUGAGUCCCGGGCCCGAGGAGGUGGAGAGAAAAGACACGGGUGCCAAGACGCCGCCGCCCCAGAUCCUUCUGCCCCUGGAGGAGCGGGUGACCCACUUCCGAGACAUGCUCCUGGAGAGAGGGGUGUCAGCGUUUUCUACCUGGGAGAAAGAAUUACAUAAAAUCGUGUUUGAUCCGCGCUAUCUCCUGCUAAAUUCCGAGGAGCGGAAACAGAUAUUUGAACAGUUUGUCAAGACAAGAAUAAAAGAAGAAUACAAGGAAAAGAAAAGCAAAUUGCUGCUGGCCAAAGAAGAAUUCAAAAAACUUCUAGAGGAAUCUAAAGUCUCACCCAGGACCACAUUUAAGGAGUUUGCUGAGAAGUACGGCCGGGAUCAGAGGUUUCGACUUGUCCAAAAACGGAAGGACCAGGAGCAUUUUUUCAACCAGUUCAUCCUUAUUCUCAAGAAACGGGACAAGGAAAACAGACUCAGGCUGCGGAAAAUGAGAUGA